AUGGACAACCUAACGCAGUGCUACGAGUGCAUGCGGCAAGCUGGCGUCGACCUCGACAAUGUCUACCAACUUAGCUUCCAGAUGAGAUUGAUGAUUCAUAAUUUCUGCAACACUGGGAGCCCGAAUGUGUACGAGCUGCUCCGCUUCUUCCUAACCUGGCUCAAGUCAACAAACGAACCAGCGGACCAUAAUACCAAGUUGGGCGGUAUACUCUCUAUAUCAACUCUUGCCAGCUAUUUUACUAGCACAAGUGGGAUGAACGAGCCUACUGUUAUUUUCAGUUCCCCUCAAACCACGGAGACACCGUCGUCGGAAAAUACGCUUACAGUCAGUGACGGAAUGCCGCCAGAGUACUUGCAACAACUACCAGAGAACUGGCCCUACACAGCUUAUGGCGUGGCGAGAAAGGCAAACCAAACUACUUCUUUCCCGCUGACAGAUCCCACUUCGACGAGUGUAACGGCAGCGUGGCUUUUCCAUAAGAUGCUCUGGAAUCCGCGACCGCUCACUCCAGGACUGGGUACCAACAUUCUUGGACGCGAGUGCUCUGAGCAUAACAAUCAAUGCUUCGUCAAGUCUCAGUACCGAGAUACCAGAUCCCAUAGCCACGCCGGCCACGCCGGCAUCGGUCGGACUGGUAUCGUUUGCUUCUUCCACAAUGACGACUACGACUACGUCAUCUGUAUCUUCAACAACGACAACUACAACAUCUAUGAUUACAGCGAGUCUCAGGUUACCCACAUCUACGUUCACAUUCAUACCCAAUACGCCUUCGACAGGAUUAUCACCACCCUCUGCUCCCCUUUCUUCUUACUCGUCCUCCUCGCAGAAGCCGGUCCCCGUUCGUCCAGCGUAUCAUCAAGAGUCGGUUCUGAGUAA